AUCAGCCUUGUAUGACAAAUCCAAUCCAGAUCAGUCCCAAACGCUCCCACUUGCGCUCGUGCGCCUCCGAGCCCAGUUCAGGAUGAAGCGCGCCAAGUCUCACUAUCCUACUGCCGCUGGACCACCGCGCCACAGGCAUCCCAAUGCAUCAAGCCAAGGCCUGCCCAGAGCCAGCGCAUCGAGCACACUGGCGAAUGAAGCGGCUGCGCACGAGUCGGCGUUUGGUCAUCACUCUGGCAAUGCGAAUGCUGCUGCUCAGCCGCUGCGACGCACCCAUGCAGAUCGCGAUGCGUCAGGAUCCAAACAAGUAGGACACGCACACUCGAGAAUAUUCGCAGAGGCGCAACGCCGUCGAGGACGUCAUCUUCAUCGCCAUGAUGGAACACGAGGCGAACCAACCGCUGCACCCGCGAGCAACACAAAGCCAACGGUGUCAACCUCGCAAUGGAAAUCUCCAUGCAAACUCAAGCUCUGCAUGCAUCCGAUCUGGAAGGACCUCGUGGCAGCGACGCGUGUACACAAACAGACCUCCACGUCGACAUCCUCGACUCCCGCCACGUCUCCAUCAUCGUCAACAGGCCGUCAAGCCAUGCCGCCUGCGUUGCCAGGAUUCUACUACGAUCCCGUCAAACAACGGUACUUUGUGCUGCCACCAGGCGGCGCACCUCCUACCCUUCCAGUACAAGAGGCGCAACACCUCCAACGACAACGCGAUGCCGAUCAUGACAAACACCGCGAGGCAAACUUGCUGAGCAACCAACCCGAUUGCAUGACAUCACUUGGAAGUCUCCACAGGCCGCUCAUCAGUAACCGCACCAAAAAGUGCAACAUGGCCACGCGAACCGCGUUGCGCGAGGUGCUGGAUCCAAGCGGAAUGCGCUCUCGCGCUUUGAACGUUGUUCCUGAGAGAUCACAACCUGCCAGUUUGCUCAAAAGUGUGGCAUGCCGUCGGCGGAGUGCCACCUGCUCGGAAAACUCCAACAACCGGUACCAUGCCGUUCAGUUUGCACCGAGCUGCGAAGGUGAUGCGGGCGACACCUUGCUCGCGGUUGGUGUUGGCAAUAGGCUGGCGUUGUGGAUGCUGAACUGGCGAGGGCAGACGGCUGGAAUUCCCGACACGCAAGACAACCACUUUGAAGACAUCCGCCAAGCUGAAUGGCUCAUCCCAGGCAAGCAUGCGGGAAGCCACGAGCACCACACUACGGAGCCGUCAGACUACUUUUUGCCCUUCACAACCGAACUUUACAACGCAAACAGUUCGUUCUCCCCGGUUUCUUGCAUCCGCUGGAGUCCGGCCGCCUUGGGUCUGAGACAAUCCACUUCCAUGGAUGAGACAUGCGACUACAAUGCGAGUCACACAAGCAGAACCGCAGCUACACAUGUCAAUCGUCAAACCAACAACGAGGCCGUCCAUGAAGCGCUGGCCAGGUCGCAGCUCAGUCACGGAAUGGACUUGUUUGCUUGGUGCUGCCCCGGCAUUGACGUCGAAAUUGCCAUGUGCAACCGCAGCCGUGUUUCCAUAUCCACCCAAAUGUCCGGCGCGGUGCAGCUCUCCCGACCCCUGAUGUCCAUCGCACGCUUGAUCUUUUUCGACGAGCAAAGCGACUGGCCCACCGUCUCAAUGUCCAAGCAGCUGCACGCUGGCGCAGCACUGAGUUUGGAUUAUGAUCGCCACUUUGUGCCGCGAAUGCUCGUUGGUGGUGGACAAGGCAUUUAUGUUGUUGAUUUGACGCGAAACAGUGUCUGGACUAAAAUGAACGACACCGAUGGUGUGGACGUAGCAAUUCUCCAGAGCGAGCCACAGAUGCCUUCCUCGUUGUAUGCUGGGUUGACGACAGAAGGCGUGGUGAGGUUGUACGAUAUGCGUUCCGGCAAGUUUCAACGCAUCUGCGCGAUUGGUGGUCGUAUCUGUGGGCUCAAAGCCCUCGAUCGCGGCCAAAACCAGCUACUAGUAGCCUCCAAUAACGGCACUUUCGGUCUCUGGGAUGCAAGAAUGCCGCGGCACAGCAUUUGCGAGUACCAAGAGCACGUCAACACACAUCUACCCCUUGAAAUUGCGACCGAUCCGUGCGAGGCCAUUGUCGCUUCCGGAGGCGAAGAUGGCCGCGUUCGAAUUUGGGACAUUGAUUCCGGUCGACUGGUCAAAACACUCGAGCGCAGCGACACGGGCAUUGUCGAUCGCAUUUCUAUCGGAUCCACAUCGUUUGGGGAGCCCUUGCUGGUGACUGCGUCCUCCUCGGGUCUCGAGUUGUUUGCUUGUUGAAAUCGGACUUUAUUUUGUUUCGGGUCAAUUCUGAGCAUUUUCGUCAA